UGACCUUGCAAUUUUUUUUCUUUCCUUUUAAAAAAACAACAAUAUUGAGAAUAGUUCGUCACAGCAGCACCCUGGCCAAACUAUGGGUGAAACAUAAUGGCAGUCAAGCCACUCGUGUCUACUUCUGGCUGCUUAAAUAUCAGUGACCUUGCCAAGGCCAUCAAGCAGAAGUUCCCAAACCAAUUCUCUGCCGUUGACUCCAACCAAAUCUCUAUCCAUCAGUCACUCCAGGAUGCUCCACUUGAACCUGAUCUUCCACUUGCGAGAAUUUCCACUGCUGGUCUGUCCGCCAAAUUACCUUUGAUUGUCAAGACUCUGGGAUCCUCUGCGCCGGCUCAGAAAACCAUCUUCAUUCAGGAUAUUGAUGAAGAGUGCUGUCCUUUGGAUAGCUUUUCCAAAUAUCUUGUUGAAUCAAAUGAUGAUUUGAAACAGAUCCUCGAAGGAAAAGGCUCAGCCCUCUAUCAGCUGUUCAAUCCCAAGGACAAGAUUAUCAAGUUCAAGCAGUUGAUCAAUGGAGAAAAGUACAAUGUAUAUUCUCGCUACGAACGGUCGUUUGCUGACGAAGUACGUUGGCAGCAGAAUGACGAUCAAGUUAUGGAGGAGGAAACUCACUUGGCCGUGAGGCGAUUCUUUGCUACCCAUCUUGGUCCUUCAAUCGAGGUGAUGCCAACGGACAUUAUGGCUGCAGACGGAAAGACUGUUGUCCAGGAGUGGGACGCUGUCUUUAAAGAUGGCGAUGUCCUGUACUUAUGUGAAGCCAAGCAUAAUAUGACCGAUAAACAAGUGAACAAGCUCCCUGCAAGAAUUCGCAAGUUCAAGGAGUUUCAAGCCAAUGCCCAGCCAGAAUUUCGAAAUGUCACAAAGUAUGUUGGGGUGUUGUGUGGUACGUUGUUUCCAGAGGAUAUUAGAAAGAUCGCACAACUCUUUGGAUUCAUUUGCGUUUAUCCAUCAGGAUAUCGUUACGAUGUCAAAAAGCCGGAGGAUUUCAUCAUUGAACGUUAAUUGUUGUUUGAUAAUAAAAAUAGCUUUACCAAAUUUUGAAAAUAACAACUGAGUAGUCUUGCAUAGAAACAAAAUAUAACAAAUUUCAGGCAAUUAGAUUCUGCUCAGAUUCUAAAAGUCAAAUUCAGAUUCUAAUUAGAAACUAAAUGCGUUGAAUGUCGGAAAGAAUUAUUUAUGACGAAAGUUUGAUAUGAAAUUAUUAUACUAUUAACUUUUGACCAUUUCAGCAGAGAAUCUCGCCUAAAAACUGGUAUCAUCGGAUGCCCUAUAUACUACUGACAUGGCUCUUAUCGAUGGGGUUAAACCUGUUUUUGUUAAAGAUUUUGAUUAUCGCGCAAGAAGUAUAGAGAUAGAAAAUAGAGAAAGAGACUGAGUUUUUCAAUUAGUAAAGUAUAAGGUAAUAAUAUAUAAUCUGCCGCUGUAGAAAAGAUCGGUCAGAAGAGAUCUUGAAUGAUUAUCAGGAAGUAGUCACGCAAAUUAAAGUCAACAGAAUAACGAGUUGAACUUAAUAGAUAAUAACGAAGUUAUGUCAGAUGAUAUUUAGAUGAUAUUUAGAAGAUUGAUUC